AUGAAAUUCGGAAGGACCAUCAAAACAUCUUUGUAUCCGGAAUGGUCGGAGGCGUACCUGCAGUAUUCUGACCUCAAGAAAGAGAUCAAGCGCUGCAUGGCGGAGAACCAUGGCGUUUGGUCGGACAAAGAUGAGGACGAGUUUGUUAAGGAGCUCAGCAAAGAGCUCGACAAGGUGUACUCGUUCCAAAAAUCAAAGGUGGGCGAGAUUAUGGGCCGCAUCGAGCACGUAAACCAAGGCGUUCAGCAGCUGCUCUCGCUCAAGAACAGCCACGCAUCGGAUGCGUCGCUUGGCCACGCCUCUACCAGUGCAUCUGGCCAUCCACCACAUCAUCACACGCAGUCUUCUGGCGAGCAGGAAGGCGUGCAUCGCGAGAUGAUGUAUCAAGCACACCAUAACGCCGGCUCCGAUGACGAGUUCGACAGCGACAGCGAGGCAGGCGACGUUUUGGAAGAGCGUUUCCUCGACCUUGAGGAGCAACUUGCGAGCGUAAUUGCUGAUGUGCAUGACCUUGCGCUUUUCACCAAGCUCAAUUACACAGGCUUUCUCAAGAUAGUCAAGAAGCACGACAAGCAGACGGGCCGUUUGCUGCGCAAGGAGUUUGUGCAGCACUAUUUGAACACGCGCCCCUUCUACAAGGAGAACUACGAUGCGCUUAUUAUCAAGCUCUCGAAGCUGUUUGAUAUCGUACAUACGCGCGGCAGCCCCGUGCAAGGCGAUGCUAGUGCCGGCGGCUCUCAGAGCGCCUUUGUCCGCCAAACGACCAAGUACUGGGUCCACCCCGACAAUAUUGUCCCUCUCAAGCUCUUUAUUCUCAAGCAUCUUCCUGUGCUUGUGUUUAACGACGAGAAAGAGUACCAACGAGAGGACAGUGCAAUUACUUCGAUCUACUACGACAACGAGGAUCUCGAGCUCUACCUGGGCCGUCUGGAAAAGACGGAAGGCGCCGAGGCGAUUCGUCUUCGCUGGUAUGGUGGUAUGGACAACAAGACUAUCUUUGUGGAGCGCAAGACGCACCGCGAAGACUGGACUGGCGAAAAGAGUGUCAAGGCGCGUUUUCCCAUUAAGGAAGAGUUUGUCAACUCCUAUAUGAGCGGCGAGCACACCAUGGACAAAACCUUUGAUGAUCUCUGCAAGAAAGGCAAAAAGACCGAAAAGGAAAUUGAGCCAAUGCUGCAGCUCGCGAACGAGGUCCAAUAUGCGGUCGUCACUCGCCAACUUGUUCCCGUCAUGCGCUCAUUUUACAAUCGCACGGCUUUCCAGCUCCCCGGCGAUGCGCGCGUUCGUAUCUCGCUCGACACUGAACUCACUCUUGUUCGUGAGGACAACUGGGACGGUGUGCAGCGCGCCGGCAACAAUUGGCGUCGUAUGGACAUUGGCAUUGAUUAUCCCUUUGACCAGCUUCCCGCUGGUGACGCCGAGCGCUUCCCCUACGGUGUGCUCGAAGUCAAGCUGCAGACCCAGAUGGGCCAAGAGCCCCCCAAGUGGGUUCGCCAGCUCGUCUCUAGCCACUUGGUUGAGGCCGUGCCUAAGUUCUCCAAGUUUAUACACGGUUGUGCGACGCUCUUGUCGAACCGGGUCGAUCUCGUGCCCUUUUGGCUGCCGCAGAUGGACAUUGAUAUCCGUAAGCCCGUGUCGAUGGAUUUGGCGCUUGACCGACCCCACCACAGCUCGGGCAAGUCGGACACGAGCAGCGGCAAGCUCCAGCCAUACAACGAGCCCGAAUCUGAGGACGAGUUUGAAGGCAACGACGAUCACGUCAACAAGUCGCACAUUGCAGAUGCACAGCGCGAGGCAGAGAAUGUCGGACUUUCUACGUUUGACCCGCGGAUCAAGGAGAUUCGCGCUGCUCGCGAAAAAUACCUUGUUGAGCACCGCAAAGAGUCCGAAGGGGCGCAAAGCGAAGCGUCCAAAGCACCCACUGCAGCCACCACACGUCACACGCAGUUGCCAACUCACGCCGCGCCCACGCGCCAGGAUAUAUUGUCGCCCUCCAAUGUGUUUGACAAAAAUUACCUGGACCGUUUCGGCCUCAAAAACAUUUCGCGUCUUUGGCACAGCGGACGCACGGAGAAUGAGGGCCAGGAGCAGGACCCAGAGCAAGAGCAAGAAGACGAAGAUGAGCGUGCCAUUCGUGCUCUCCAAGGCCGCGACGAAGAAGAACCGCGCGGGACAGGCGGACAGCCUCCUACAGGCGUCGAAUACGUCACCAACCUUCAUGCCGAGUCCGGCAAGCGCGUUUCAGUCCCUAUCCGUGUGGAACCCAAGGUGUACUUUGCGAAUGAGCGCACCUUUUUAAAGUGGCUUGAGUUUAGUGUGAUGCUUGCUUCGAUUGCCACCGGUCUGCUGAACUUUCAGCACGUUGGCGACCGUGCCGGGCUUGUCACCAGCGCGCUUUUUACCCUUAUUGCCCUCUUUGCCGUCGCCUACUCUGGCGUGUUGUACGUAUGGCGCGCGCUCAAGAUCCGCGAGCGUAGCUCCUCGAACGUCUACUCGGACGCGUAUGGCCCUACAUUUAUUUGCUUUGCCCUGCUUGCCGUCACUCUAGUCAACUUUCUGAUGCGCUACUGGGAAGCACCCCACCUGCGUCUCCUCCGCGGCGUCCUCAAUUAG